AUGCUCGAGGGAAGCAUACCUGUUUCUUUGGGUAAUUGCAGUAACUUGGAAGGACUCCAUCUUGCACGAAAUCGCCUCACCGGUGGCAUACCUGGAGAAGUCAUUGGCCUUUCUUCCCUCUUUCUCGGUUUCAUCGUACGUGAGAACUAUUUAAUAGGACCAUUGCCAUCAGAAGUGGGUAAGUCAGACAAGCUCACAGUAUUGGAUAUUUCAGAAAACAAAUUGUCUGGUGAAAUCCCAAUUACUCUUGGGAACUAUUUGAUGUUAGACUCCCUGCAUAUGGAAGGCAACUUUUUUGAGGGAAACAUUCCAUCAGAGCUAAAAAACUUAAAAGCCAUUGAAUACAUGGACUUUUCUCGCAACAAUCUGUCUGGAAAGAUUCCAUUGUUUCUGGGGCAGUUGAACUUACAUGGCGAUCUCAAUCUUUCCUUCAACAAGUUUGAGGGUGAAGUGCCAAAUGAAGGAGUUUUCAAAAACAUCAGUUUAUUUUCAGUUAUAGGGAACAUAAAUCUAUGUGGAGGGGCCAAGCAAUUACAAUUGCCUGCAUGUCCCACAGAAAGGAAAAAGCCUUCUACACAUGCAGUAAGAUUGGUUGCAACCAGAGUAUGUGUUUGUGCUGUUAUUUAUCGAUUUAGAAAUUCCAAACAACAACCCUCUUUGUCCUCAACAGAGAAGAACCAAUAUCCACAACUUUCUUAUGCAGAACUACAUCAAUCUACCAAUGGAUUCUCUUCAGACAACUUGAUUGGAAAGGGAAGAUAUGGUUCUGUUUAUAAGGGGAUCCUCAAUUCUGAUGAGCAAACUGUUGCUCUGAAAGUACUCAACCUUCAAGAAAGUGGAGCAAACAAGAGCUUUUUGGCAGAAUGUGAAGCAUUACGAAACCUUUGUCAUCGGAAUCUGGUCAAGGUCAUCACCUCUUAUUCAAGUAUAGAUUUUAAAGGCAGUGAUUUCAAAGCUUUAGUCUUUGAGUUCAUGCAAAAUGGGAGUUUAGAAGGUUGGUUAUAUCCAAGUUCACUUGAACAGAAUGACACAGAGAACUUGAACCUAACCCAAAGGCUAAACAUAGCAAUCGAUGUAGCCUUGGCAUUGGAAUAUCUUCAUCAUCAUUAUGAUAUACCAAUCGCUCAUUGUGAUUUGAAGCCGAGCAAUGUUCUUCUUGACAACAAUCUCGCUGCCCAUGUAGGUGAUUUUGGCCUAGCAAAAUUUGUUUUAGCUACCAUAGGAGACUCCAACUAUGCACAAAGCAGUUCAAUUGGGAUUAGAGGAAUAGUUGGGUACAUUGCUCCAGAAUAUGGUAUGGGUGGAGACAUAUCGACACAAGGUGAUUUGUACAGCUAUGGAAUCCUCUUACUGGAAAUGUUUAGAGGAAAAAGACCAACCAACAACAUGUUUACAAACAAUUUCAACCUCCAUAGCCAUGCUAAGAUGGCUCUCCCACAUCGAGUGGUGGAAAUUGUUGAUCCACAAAUCAUAAUGGAAGAGAGAGACGCAUCUAGUAGGAUCAGCCAAAAUACUGAAGGCAAUGUAACGUAG